AUGGAAGCCCGAAGUCUCCUUAACAACACCAUCUUCUCUAUCAUCUGCAUUUUCCUUUCGCCUUUCGCCGUAAACUCCCAGAGAGAAACUCCGCCAGGUGGCACAAUCCCCAUCGUGAAUCCAACAACGCCAGGUGGCACGAUCCCAAUCGUGAACCCGACGAGCCCGAACCCACCUUUCACCACCGGCCCGCCAGCCACCACCGGCGGCGGCGGCGGCGGCGGUGGUGGUGGGUCGUGGUGCGUGGCCAGCUCCGGUGCCUCUGAGACUGCCCUGCAAGUGGCUCUGGACUAUGCAUGCGGAUAUGGAGGUGCUGACUGUUCGCCCAUUCAGCCCAAUGGGCCUUGUUAUGAGCCCAACACAGUUCGGGAUCAUGCAUCGUAUGCAUUCAAUGAUUACUACCAAAAGAAUCCUGCCCCGACUAGCUGUGUUUUUGGGGGAGCAGCUCAGCUAACAAAUACCGACCCGAGCCAUGGGAACUGUAGAUAUGCAUCAUCAUCAAGUGGGACCCAAAUGUCUCCACCUAGAUCGAUGCCACCACCAGCAAUUCCAAUGACUCCUCCCAGCAUAAAUACGCCGAUCAAUCCUUAUCCACCAGUAGGCAAUGGUUACGGUUCAGAACCGGGCUACAAUUAUGGGUCUGAACCAACAGGCACUCCUAAUUCAGCCGGAAUUAAUUCUCUCGACAUAUUCAAGCUCGUCAUCUUGAACUGCCUUCUACUGUCAGUUUCUAUGGCUAACUACCACUUCUAA